GUCGAGACACUGAUUGCGGAAGCAAUCAUGGCUGAGACGCAGCCGGGGGGCGCAAUCUACAAUUCCGUCGUGGAAAGAAUUGCAGAGCAGCUCAGCACCGCGUCCCUCCCAGGCGGGACCGUGUACGCAGCCGUCGAAGAGUCAGCCAAACCCGGGGGCGCCGUCCACGCGGCGUUCACCAACGAGUACAACAGGGCGGCUGACGAAGAAUACCCAUGGCGGGCCGUCUUGCGGAACCUCACGGUUACGCAAUGGAAAGCGACGUGGGAGGCGCUCACGGUCGACCCUGACAGUGUCGAGGCAGCCGGGGAGGCCAUCGAGAAGUCUGGGAACCCCGCAGCUAGCCUGUGGGGGUCGAGCGCGGCACACCCAAAGAACAAGGAACUCGAGGCUCUAAAGACCCGCGUCGCGAUGAAGCGCGCGGUUCGUACGAAAUGGAAAGAUUUGCGCCUCCCGGAGCGGGGCGGACCCAGCGAGAAGUUCAGGCGCCACCUCGGAGACCGAGCCGAAGCCGGCAGGGACCAGAACGUCCGCGCCCUCAGCCGCUGCGUCUUGGCGCUUUACCAUCUCACGGAGAAGAGGUGCACGUCUGUCCUUACCAGCGCCCAGGCCAACGCUGCCAAAGCCGAGGCCCAGCGGGCGACGGUCAUGGAGUGGGUCUACUACGCCAUCAAGGACUUCGGCCUCGACUUGGUGUUCGGGGAGGUUGCGCUCCUGAGCGCGGCUGCCGGCCAGAGCCGCGCGAACGACCUGAAGCGACUCGGCGCCGACUCGCCGCAGUCCGCUUUGAAAGCGCGGCGCCUGGGUGACCUGUCGGGCACAACCGCGCCCGCGGGCCACAACCAGAGCGGGGCGGCGGGGUCCGACCCCCGCGCCAGCUCCGGGGCGAGGGCUAACCGCUGGUCCAACGUUCCGGCGGCGGGCCCUCCGGCGGACGCGCCCUUGGCAGCUCCGGGGACGCCGCCAGCCCCUGGUCGCAAGGAGUUGGUCAGCCGAGAGGUGUGCAAGAACUGCCUCUACAGCGGCAGAGGCGCUUUGGAGCGCACUUUUAAAGAGUGCCGCGACACUUUUAAGAACAAGUGCGUCCUCCCGUGCCCGCGGUGUGCAGCCGCGGGCAGGCUGACGGGGAACGUGUACCACUGGGCGCAGGAUUGCGAGUUCAGCUGA